CAAACACGAGCAGAGCGGGACACAAGCGGAGCAGGCUAAAGGACAAGGGACAACGCGGAAGAAGCUGGAAACACCGGGGAAAGUUUACGUUUUAAAAAGGGAUUUGGACGACUGGGGAUUCUGGGACGGGGGAAAUCCCGUAAGGGGAAAGUCGAGAUCGGCAGGAGCAUCAGACAUGAAUCCGAGGUAUUGGUCUGAACUCGAUGCUGGAUGCCAUGGAAGUUCCAAGUCAUGCUAGGCACCUCCUCUUGCAAUUGAACACACAACGAACCAAAGGCUUCUUGUGUGAUGUUAUUAUCGUGGUGCAGAAUGCACUGUUCCGUGCUCAUAAGAACAUCCUGGCAGCCAGUAGCCUCUACCUUAAGUCUCUUGUUGUUCAUGACAACCUUAUCAAUCUGGACCAUGAGAUGGUCAGUCCAGGUGUGUUUCGAGUCAUUCUUGACUAUAUCUACACAGGACGUUUAAGUGAAUGUGACCCCACCUCUCCAAAUGAGCCAAAUAUAGGGGCAGUGUUGGCAGCUGCAAGUUACCUGCAACUUCUGGAUCUGGUCACCCUAUGCAAAAAGAAGCUGAAAAAGAAUAGGAAGUACCAUUUAAGUCAUAACCCUACAUUUUUAUCGUACAAAUUAAGCCUCAGUGGUGUGGGGGGAGGACCGUUUCCAAUAUCUACCCCUGUCAUCCACCCUUGCCACACUGUAGUGACCACCCCACGACCUACAACAUUAGAGGACCUGCCCUCCAUCCCACUGCCCCCCCAUGCGGGAGAAAUUUAUGCACCAGCUCCCAUCAAGGGUCCACCACCUUACCCCCCAACAAAGGCAUCCCUGUCACCACAGUCCAGUCUUUGCUUGCCUCCCAAUGAAAGGAAUUGUUCAUCGGUUUAUGGCCUUGACCUGUCUAAGAAAAGCCCAAAUUCCCAGUCUCAGCUUUCUUCUGGCAAUCCCCACUUGAUCUCUUCACUCCACCCAGAUGAGGAGCCUGAAGGCGAGCUUGACCAAAGUACCAGUCCCAUGCUCAGUCCCAACGAUGGUUCUAGAAAAAUGGACACAGGCCAUCAUAUGGGGUCUCUCACCCCACACCCCUUCCCACUACCCAACCAUCCACUUGCACCCAAUCUUCCCCAUCUGCAUCGUUCUCAGGGACAGGAACAGUACCCCUGCCCUCCAAGCCCAGAACCCAUAGAGGACACCAGAGAUCAGCGACGCGAUGCUUCCAACAUCUAUCGGUGGGUGAAGAAUGAGCCUUCCAACCCAGAGGAUGAAGAUGAGGACGAUGAAGAGGAUGACAGUGGGGGAAUGGGUGAGCAGGAUAAAGAGAGACAUCACCAGCACAUGAACCACCAUAAAAGCAAUGAGGAAAAACUGAACACAAAUGAGCGGGGCUAUGACAGAGGGACCUGCGAUGAUGGCGAGGAUGAGAAUGGAACUGGCAGCGAGGAAACCGGAAGCAGUGAGGGUCGUCCAUCUCCUCCUGUACCAGGUGGAAGGUAUCACAUGCCAUAUGAGCCAGAGAGUUUCGGAGAUAACUUGUAUGUGUGCAUCCCCUGUGACAAAGGCUUUCCCAGCUCAGAGCAACUCAAUGCACAUGUAGAAACCCAUACAGAGGAAGAGUUAAACAAUGGAAGUGAGAUGGACAGCAGCAAUAACAGCAACAGUAAACCUACUACUGUCCGUGCACCUACAAGCUUGAACAGCUCUAGUGGCCUCCACAGCCCUUACCACGAUGGCAAGUUGGCACAAAACCUCCAUUCCAUUGGUCUCGGGGAGAUCAUUCGACCAUAUCGAUGUUCUUCCUGCGACAAGUCUUAUAAAGAUCCUGCCACCCUGCGGCAACAUGAGAAAACCCACUGGCUGACACGUCCAUACCCCUGUAGCAUCUGUGGGAAGAAGUUCACCCAACGUGGUACCAUGACACGUCACAUGCGCAGUCACUUGGGCCUUAAACCCUUCGCCUGUGAUGCCUGUGGCAUGCGCUUCACUCGGCAGUAUCGUCUGACGGAACAUAUGCGCAUCCACUCCGGAGAGAAGCCCUAUGAGUGCCAGGUGUGUGGAGGCAAGUUUGCUCAGCAGCGCAACCUCAUCAGUCACAUGAAGAUGCACAGCAGUGGAGCUGCUGGCGGAGGACUAACUCCUGACGGGAAGCUGAAGAUAGACUUCUCUGAGGGGAUUUAUCCUCUGAGCAAGUACACAGCUGAGCAUCUGGGUCUGAAGCAGGAGAAAACCUCAGACCUUCUUGCAGCUUCUCAACACCUCCUUGCUGAUGCCAAGGCCAUGGAGAGCCUCUACCCGCUGUCAAAACUGGCUGUAGAUCAACUCGGCCUUGCCCACAAAAUGGACAUCCUGAACUCGUCACUUCCACCCACUUCCCAGCAGCUCUCAGCAGAGUCCCGCACCAUUGAUCGCUACUCUCCCAGCUAGAGGGGGGGAACCACUAACUUUAAUUUCCAAAGAGACAUCACUGUAUACCAAUCACAGUAUUCAACUCUCACCUCAUCGUCAUGUGGACCUGCACCUCAAU